AUGAAGGCGAAUUACAUUCCCGAGAAGAAAGCCGUGGUGGUAAAGCGAUUUUUUGGCGAGGGAGACUCAAAUCUGAAGCUAGUAGCAAAGGAGGCGAAGAUGUUGCAAAAUCUACGGCAUCCUAAGGUGGCAGAAUUUGUUGCUGUUUGUUCCAAACCGGUGGCCAUAAUGAUGGAAUACGAUUGUUUUGAUUUUUUGCCAUUCGGUCUCGACGUUCAGGUUUCAGAUCUGCUUGCCUUUUUGCAUUGCCUCGAUCGAAUACAAGCCAUUGAAGCCUUUAAACAUUUUUUACCUGUUUUUCCCAAGGUAGCUAUUGAUAUCGCCGAGGGCCUUGACUUCUUGCAUUCAAGUGGCGUGGUGCACCGCGACUUAAAACCAGGGAAUGUGUUAGUAAGUAAUAAGCAUUACGCGCGACCAGGGGUCAACAAAGAUCAACUUGAAGAUAUGUUUAACAUUGAACCAGUGGUCUGCAAACUAACGGAUUUUGGUGAAAGUCGCUCACAGUUACUUCAGACAUCAGCAAUAAUUCACGCACAAACAUCCAACAUCGAGCGUGGGACAAAACCGUAUAUGGCACCAGAAAUAGUCUUAGAGAGCCGAAAGUUAGCCACAGCAACCCUGGAUGACAUGAAAGCAAUCGAUGUUUGGGCUCUAGGGAUGAUAUUUUUCAGCGUCUUAAAUCCUGACACCAGUUUUCCGUUUGAAAUUGAAUUGAAAUCAGCCUCUGCCACCACCGCUAAUGAUCCUGCCCGAUUUCAAUCGUUGCUGCAAGAAAAGAUGGAAGGUCAACUGAAACCUAGCAGCUCAACAAAAUAUCAUCGCCUUCAAGCGUCAUUGUGGGUUAGUAUUGAGAAAAUGUUUGAGAUGUGCACUAACUACGAUGCGUCUUUACGUCCGAGUGCCCAAGAAGUUCUUUUCGCAGCUAAAGGCCACUACUACCAAGGGAAAUCCUGGCAAAUAUAUCGUCUCUGAAAGUCAGCCAAUCCACACCUAUGGAAGAAGCCGAUGAGCGAUUAGCAGAAGCACUUGAGCGGUCUAAGUCCAAUGCUGUUAAUGAUUUAGCGGGUAUUGCACCAGCUAACGAUGGUACGAAUGCCUGUACCUUUCUUUGCCUAGUAGCGGCACAGAAAAUCGUCAAUGCUACGCAAGAGGAAGAGAUGAAUGACAACUGGCCAGAACUGGUACCUAGAAUAUUUCAGGAAAUGAUUCUUCACGACCUUGAAAGUUUAAACACUUUCAGAGAAAAGCGGCAUUAUGAUGCUCUGGAAUGCCUCACCGUCCUUAAGAGGAAAGGCCUACUUCCUGAUUCUGUCGAACUUGCUGAGAAAAUUAUAGCAAAGGACGCUGUAUUCUCACCUCAAGGUCGUUUAAAUCUUCUGCAAGGCCUAAAUACAACGGACUGUUCAGAGCAUGAUUUCUGGAUUUACACGUGCCAACCGUACACCCUAUUGCUAGGUCGCUUGAGAGAUGAUUACUUUCUCCUUGAUACUCAUCCCGUUCCUGAUUUUAUGGGUGGAGAUGGAAACGGUCUGUUGGUUGUUUUCUCAGGGAGUGAAAGAAAACAGGAACUUUGUACCUGGCUGUGGAAACGCCUUGCUCUUGCACAAGUUGGUGACGAAGAAGCCCAGUCCCUGUCACAAGUUAUUUUUCCUCGCCUUGGGUAAGUUAGUUGGGUUUAGCCCUUCGUCUAUAUCACAAGUAACUUUUUUGGGCCGUUGCCAUCUUUUUGUGUUUGUUUGCCUACUUUCUCCCGAACUGUUUGGUUCGAUUUUCGUGCUUACAUAUCUUAAAAAAUUGGAUUUUAUUUCCGUUACUUUCAGACUUUCUAGGUUACAGGUAAACCAAGUUUUGCGCCCUUCUGAUGUCAUUCCACUCAGUUUUGCAAAAUUCAAUCCAUCUCCUCUUAAGGUAAACGCUACAGUAUCGCUCGUGAUUCAUUUUCUUGUGGCUUUUCCUUUAUCGAAUAUCACUACCGUUGCAUAUUCCAAUGUCAAAUUCCGUUGUUUUGUCAGAAAAGAAAGUUUCCCGACGCAGACACCGAUUUGCCUAUCAAGAAGAAGGCUCAUGUUUUCUUCUCUGAACCAUCGCGCGGUCAACACGGAAAGACGAGAUCGAGUUGUACAAAGGUAUUAAUUAUUUUUACCUUCAGUUAUAGGGGACAUUUAUCUGUUUCUUUUAAGGAGUGUAUGUAAGCCUGCUAUUCCCUAAGGUUGCAAAGAUAAAAUCCCGAACCUUCGUAAGUUUUGUAUUACAGCAAAUGAUUUCAGGUACGUUCACGACCGCAAUGCACACUGGUUGAAGGUGCCCCUUUAAGGAAGUGUGCUCGGUAACUGCCCUCCAGAAGUUGAUGGUGGGUGACCUUGGUAUUUUUUUAUCCCAGAGUAUUACGAUCAUAAACGUAUGCCGAUGGCACGGCCAUGUUUCAUGUGUUAUUUCAAGAAUAAAGCACGUUUAGGAGAAAGUGAAUCAGUAAAAAAACUCAUUCAAAAUUGUCUUUAUUUGUUAUAGCAUGCCGACGUCACCUCACGAAACCAAGAAAAAUUUUUGUCGGAUUUUUCUUGUGAAAGCGAGAAGCAUUUCUAUCCAAGUGCAUCAACACCUCUUCCAAUGCAAUUACAGCCCAGAGGUUUGUAGCACCUCGUUUUCUUUGUUUACAGGUUCGCUACCUAAUUGUUAACUCAAACCUAGGUUCUGUUGAACAACAGAAACCCAUCGUUGUUAAUUUGUCUUUGAGUAAUUUCCUAUGUAUUUACGUUGCACAGAUUCGAGAAGAGGACGUGCAACGCACUCAAGAUCGCCGCUUAAUUCUUAUAUUUCUAAGGUUGGUAUCCUGUUUUUUCUAAAAGUUAAAAUUGGGUACCAUUUUUUGAAUCUCCCUUGUGGACAUGUGGUCGUUUACUUUUUGACAAUUAAUUCGUCAAUUCGGUAACUCCAGUAGCUUAAUUUUAUUUAAGGCUUUUUGUAUAUUUACAGAGAGAAGAAAAAAGAGUUUCGUCUAUCCCAAUGGUCAUUUUAAGUGAUGGUAGUGGGGAUGAGCAGUCCCCCUCAUUCCAAGAACAAACCGCAGGUUCGUUUCUCCCAAGCCUAUUUAAUAGUAGAGAACAAGAACAGAUUACAAAUAAUUCUAAAGUUGUGGGGAGUUCUGUGUUUAAGAUAAACGUCUUAAUGUUCGUUCUACAAACACAUUCGAGUGACUUACCUGCUGCAUCCUCAGGUCGUCAAGGUUCAGAUGGGGAAGUUGCAAUUGUUUUGCAAAAAGUCAUCACAUUUUUCAGACAAGGUAUGUCUCAAUGCAUGUUAAUCUUAAUCAAUGUUCGAAUGUUCAUUUAUCUGAAUGGACCUUUGUACAAUAAUAAACGUUGCAAAGUUAUGAUUGCAAGCAGCGUUCUGUGUUAUUCCAAGGCCACAUUGUUCCAUAUGAGGAAACCAGUCUAAGCUAGAAUUAAACGUCGGCUUAGGGCUCGUGACGUAAACGCAAGGUGACAAUUUUGUGCUAUAUAGGGGAACUUUUUUCUAAUAAUUUCCACUGCUACAUUUGACACUAUGGAGAAUGCCACUGUUUAGGCUAGCAUGCAUACAUCUUGUAACAGGACCUUGUACCCGUUAUGUGCCUCAAAGCUGCAAUAACGUGAGGAUCGUUAUUUUGUCGUGAAUCAGCUGACACCAUUUGCAUGGAAGCGCACACAAUGUUAUUACCGCAAUAUUUGCAGAUGGACUGCAAGGUUCCCUUUUUAAUUUAAUUAAUUUAAUGUAACUGUUAUUAUAAUUUUUUAUACACAAAGGAGGAUGACAAGACCACGAAGCAAUUGGAAGUUCUUAUCUCUGAUUCUGGUAGUGAAGAUGAACGGAUUUAUCAGGAGGCAGCGGUACCGUCACAUGCCCCCGAGCAUACAGGUUUGUCUAAUUUCUUAGCACAUACACAAGACCGUUUAUUAUGGCUUUUGGCUUUGGGACUUGUUUAUGUAAUCUCCAGUAUGAUUGUAGGAAUACAUUUUGUUCCAGCCUUACUACUUUCCUUUUGUGUUUGCAGAUCCAGAGGUUACACCUCCUACUGUACGAAGCACAAAAUCAACAAAACCCUCCAGUUCCAUGCUAUACGGCCAUGACAAAGAUCUGCCAAUCCUUGAGACUGGUAAGAAGGAACGCUAUACAGUAAGGGAGGCGGCUAAAAGACUGCUCAUGGAACAAGGAGAAAAAAAUGUAGGAAAACUCCUCUUCGAGUGCGAAGGAACCUGUCCUUUCUUGUAGAUGUCAGUAAAUAUAAAUGUUGGCAAGAUGUCAAGAGCGAUAUGAAUGGAGUUUAUUCGGAGACAUUGCGAAUCGCUACCUGGACAGUGGAAGUAGAUAGAAAUGACCAAGUACAAGUAUUGGAGAAGAAGAAGGUAGAAUUAGCCAGUGAUAACGAAUAUCACAUAUAUGUCCAUUCGACGAAGAACAAAGCUGGUCUCUGUCGUUCGAUAUUUCUUCUUUUUGACCGGGACGAGGAAGUUGUUAAUUCUGCGUGUUUGCUUCAAUAUACACUAACAGAUAAAGAUUGCGAAGAGGUUGAUUUUGAGGUUCCUGCCCAUGGCAACAGUAAAAGUGGUAAAAGGCCAUUCUACCCUACCCGAAAGAGUACUAUGGAGGCGAUCAAGGGUGAACUUGCUGCAAGUUCGGCAUCUGUGACGUUGAAGAAAGUUUCAGCCUCUGCAGGUGGUAUCCUAGGGGCUCGUGAACCCGGAGAGUUGCCGAGGUCAAAACAACAGCUUUACGACCUGAAAAACAAGAUGAAAAAAGUAGAUCAAGUCGACGAGCUCUUGCAAUAUGCAAAACAUCGUGAAGACCCAAUCGUGCUUGAGCACCAUGAUUUUCCAGAGGAUCUGUGGGUACUUGCCAAACCACAUAUGAUAGCGGACCUAUCGAGAUUCUGCACUUCCGAGAUACUAAGUCACCCUAUGAGCGUCGACCCCACCUUUAACUUUGGAAAAUUUGAGGUUACGCCGUUCACGUACAAGCACUUGUUCUUGAUAUCCAAGAGAACAGGCAAAGCCCCAGCUUUUGUAGGACCAACAGCAAUCCACUACAGCAAGCAAAAGAGUGUUUACAGCAAGAUUGUCCACGCUGUAGCUUCUAACACACCAAGUCUUGCUGAUAAGGGAAAGGGAUUCAUUACAGACGGAGAAGAAACACUGUACUCAGCCUUAAGAGAGGUUAUGCGCCACGCAACUGGGUUAAGAUGUUUCCGACAUUUUUACCAAAACUGUAAGGACAAGCUUCACAAGCUGGGGAUCCACAAAAAACAAAACCAAAAGUUCUUUCUUGAAGUGGUCUUUGGAAAGGGUGACGACUCAGACGGUAUCCUAGAUGCGAAAGACAAAAAAGAUUUGAAGAACCGCUUGACGGAAGCAAAAGAAUCACUGGACAAAGAAGAAGAGAAGCUAACUGGGGAAAGCUCCUGA